AGCCAUUUUGGUUCAGGCGCGAGCCGCGCGGGAAGGCCGUGCUCCUAGAGGGCUUCGCAGCAGCAGGGAAAGACCAUGGCUCCGAAGAAGGACAUGAAGAAGAAGGCCGCCGAGGAGGAGCCCAAGGCCGAGGAGCCGCCCGCCAAGAAGGCGAAGGGCGAGGAGGAGAAGGCCGAGCCGGAGGAGCCGAAGGAGAAGGAGCAGGACGCCGCGGCGGAUAAGCGCCCUGGCCUGACCAAGCAGGUGGGCUUCGACCCGACUGGCUACUCGCUCAACGUGGUGCCCACCAUGGGAGGCAAGAUGCUGAUGUCCCUAUCCGACGGCGGAAUGCAAUACCUCGUCGGCGGCGCCCGCGCCAACGUGGGGCUGAAGGCCGGCCGGUACAUGUUCGAGGUGAAGGUGUUCGAGCUGCUGAGCCCCGACGAGGGCAAGAGCAAGCACAGGACCCAGCAGCCCAAGCAGUUCCUGCGCGUGGGCUUCUCCACGGCAGACUCGCCGCUCCUCCUCGGCGACGCCGAUGGGUGCGUGGCUUUCGACGCGGACGGCACCUUCUGGGCAGGCACCACCAAAACGACCAAGCCGUUGGGCAAGUUCGGCCGUGACAUGGUCGUUGCUGUGCUCAUCAACCUGGAUCCCAAGAGCCCGAAUGCCAACACCGUGAGCCUCUUCCGGUCCGGCGUGCGCGUGAGCGAACCGAUGCCGCUCCCGGACGACCUCAAGGGCAAGGCGCUCUUCCCCCACAUCUCGUUCCGCAACGUCUCCGUGCAGGUGAACUUCGGGAAGGCGCCGAUGGCGGCGCUGCCUUUCACAUGCAGGAUGGUGCAGGACGCGGCCAAGCCCGACACCGUGGAGGCCGCUGCCCCCACGGGCAAGGCCACCGUCGUCUUCCCCGUGAGCCUGCCGGACCAGGGCACGUUCGACUGGCUCGACGGCUGGCUGGAGGGCAACCCCUCCUUCACCGAGCUCAGCGACCGCAAAGUGAAUGAGUGGGCCGUCAAGAGCGGGGUGUGGAAGAGCAAGGGCUGGUCGGGUUCCAACGACAAGCCCUACUUCAACACUGGGCUGGCCCUCCUCGACGACGCGAGCGCCUCCCGCGUGAUCCAAUCCAUCGCCCCGUGCGUGCCCCGCGACUACGUGCUCAUGGAGGUGAAGCAGAACCUGUGCGCGGAGGACCGGGCCGCGAACCUGAAAAAGUUCAGCUCCGACAAGUUCACCAAGGUCGCCAGGGUGAUCGUCGGCAAGCCCCCGAAGGCGUUCGUUGAGAAGGUGCACAAGACCAUGCUCGAGCAGAAGCAGGCGAAGCUCGAAGGAGAGUGGAAUCGCAGGAAGGCCGAGAAGGCACGAAAGAAGCUCGCAGAGAAGAAGCAGAAGGAGCUCGCGGAGAAGAAGAAGAAGAACGAGGAGGCGAUGAAGAAGAAGGCCGAGGAGGCCGCGGCCAAGAAGGCGGCGGAGGCGGCGAAGGCCGAGGGCAAGGAGGAGGAGGCGAAAGAGGAGGCGAAGGAGGAGGCAAAGGAGGAGCCCAAAGAGGAGGACGUGAAGAAAGAGGAGCCCGAAACCAAGGAGGAGGAGAAGGAGGAGGAGGAGGAAGAGGACGAGCCGAUGCCCGUGGCGGAGCUCACCGAGGAGGAGAAAGCGCAGUGUUUCAAUACUACUUCGCUCAGCGAUCUUUCCCCCAGCGAGAUGUCCAAGGCGUUCGGCCAGUUCUCGAUCCCCACCAAGGCCGAGGGCUUCGACGAGGUCCACUUCGAGUGGUCCGACGAGAAGGCCAGCAAGAAGCUUGUGAAGGAUUACGUGGUGAAGGCGAAGAUCACCUCUCGCAUCGACGACCUCAAGCCCGGAGAGUGGUUCACUACAACCAAGGAGGCGUUUGAUAAGUUCGCCGCCGAAUGCCAGGAGAAGACGAAGAAGAAGGAGGGCGAGGCCGAGAAGAAGAACGACAAGCCCCCGCCAGCGGACAUCGAUGAGGUGGCGAACAUCCACGACAGCGGCGACGGCACGCCCCUCUACAAGCUCUUCGUCUUCGAGGACUGGGCGCUGCACGCGCUCCGCUACGAGCUGUUCCUCAUGGCCGCCUCGUACAAGAGGGAUGUGAACGACCCAGAGCGCCCCGGCAUCCACGAAAGCCACAUCACUUACUACUACAACAAGUACUUCAAGAAGGGCUUGAUGGCCAAGCAUUACGGGAAGGAGAGUCUCACGGACUUGCUCGCCUUGGUCAAGGACACGGUGGCCAUCGACCCGAGCAACGGCGUGCUGGUGCUCAAGGUCGACGAGGACAGCGCGGCCGAGGUGUUCGUGAAGAAGGCCGAGGGUGGCCGCCGCGAGAGGCAGCGCAGGAUCGACGCCGGCGACGAGACGGCCCGCCUGGACUUCUCGGCGCUGGUGAAGCAGAAGGAGAUGGCCGAGAAGCAGGCGGCGGCGAGGGCGGCCACCCCCGCCGCGGGCGCCCCGGCAAAGGCGGGCGCCACGUGGACCAGCGGCACGAAGGGCCAGGGCGACAAGGGCUGGGGCAAAGGCGGCGCCGGCGGCAAGGGCGGCGGCAAGGCGUGGGCGCCCGGCAAGUACGGCAAGAAGUGGUGAGCGCCGAGAGCAGCACCGUGCGCCGCGGGGGUGCCUGGCUCGCUGCCCCGGCGGGGUGGCCACCAGUGACGAUCGGGCCGUCGAUGUGGAUGAUGCGUUCGCCGCUCGGGAUCUCCGCUUGUGCACUCCCUGCUCCCCCCCCCCUCGGCCCCGGCGCGCCCGGGACGGGCUGGCAGCUGGACUGCCCAUGGUGCCAGGUGCUUGUCGAGGGCGGCGGCGCCGGCCGCCCCCUACCGUGUCUGGGAAGGCACUGCGCCGAAAGCGGCACACCUCUUAUUCUAUGAAAACGUUUCUGGGCUCAGCGGUUUCCGAACUCGCCCAUCGACAUUCGUGGCGCAUCCUCCGAGAGUCGUCGGGCGCUGCUUCUGCCCGCCCACCCUAUCAGUUGCUGCGCCCUCCGCGGCGGGCCCGCAUUCAGCGGGCCACCAGGCGCGCGGGCCACCGCCCUCCCGGCCGGGGCCCAUACAGAAA